CGCGUGAACUGGGAAAAAGAAGGGGGCUGUGGUCAAACCCACCGCGACCUAAACAGCUCCAGGAGGGAGAGAGGGAAGAGGGGAGAGCGGUCUCCGCAGCUGAAGCUGCAGCUCCGCUUCCCAGCCUUUAUGGGGCUAGUCCGUUAGCUAGCUUAGCAUCGUCCGCCUUACACCCAGCCAGCCGCCGAUAACUCCGGGACACCGUCCCCCGUUACCUCCCGGGUUCUCCUUCAGCUCACCGCCCGGCUUCAAGAUGAUGAAGUUUAGGUUUCGUCGGCAGGGCACCGACCCGCAACGAGAGAAGAUAAAACAGGAGCUUUUCGCUUUUAACAAGACUGUGGGACAUGGGUUCCCCCAUCAGCCCAGUGCUUUGGCUUUUGACCCCAACCUGCAGCUGAUGGCUAUCGGUACAAAGUCGGGAGCCAUUAAAAUCUAUGGCGCCCCUGGUGUGGAGUUCACAGGAGUACACAAAGACGCCACAGCUGUCACACAGAUCCACUUCCUGCCUGGUCAGGGUCGUUUUCUGUCACUGCUGGAUGAUAACUCCAUUCAUCUGUGGGAGCUGGUCGCAGGACCCUCAAGAGUGGUGGGAGGGGCUAAAAAAGAGGGUGUGGUCUCUCUUAAACACGUAGACAGCUACAGCCUCCCAGGAAGACCUGGGAUUGAAAGCUGCAGUGCUACGAGGGUGACGGUCCUCCUCUUGUUAAAGUCAUGUGACCUGCUGUGCGUCGGAACAGAAGGAGGAGGUGUUUAUUUUCUGCAAUUGCCCCGCCUCUCUCUAAAGGAGAACCAGACGCUGCUCCAGGAUUCGAUCACACAGAGCCUGCCUGAUGACUACAGAUGUGGAAAAUCAUUAGGACCAGUGGAGUCUCUCCAAGAACAUCCUCAGCAGCCUGGGAAGAUUCUGAUUGGCUACAGCCGAGGUCUGGUGGUCCUGUGGGAUCUGGGCACCCGCCACGUGGACCAGUUGUUCCUCGGCAAGCAGCAGCUGGAGAGUCUGGUGUGGGAACGCUCUGGAAACCUUUUCGUCAGUUCCCAUAAUGAUGGUGGCUAUUCGGUGUGGGCUGUUGCCAGCGGCAACACCUGCAGCCACCAGCCAGUGUCCUCCGCCAUCCCAUAUGGUCCAUUUCCUUGUAAAGCCAUCAACAAGAUCCUGUGGAGGACUUCACAGUCAGGGUCUCCAGUGUUGCUGUACAGCGGCGGGAUGCCCAGAGCCAGCUAUGGGGACCGGCAUUGUCUGACCAUCCAGCAGGACAAGCAGCACGUCACUCUGGACUUCACGUCUCGAGUGAUCGACUUCUUCACUGUCCAGAACAUCGAACCAGAGAGAGAGUUUGAUGACCCGUCGGCUUUAGUCGUGUUGCUAGAAGAGGAGCUGGUUGUGAUUGAUCUGCAGACAACCGGAUGGCCCUCUCUGCCGACUCCCUACCUCGCCCCCCUUCACUCCUCGGCCAUCACCUGCUCCUGCCACAUCGCCAGCGUCCCUCCCAAACUAUGGGAGAGGUUAAUAAAUGCUGGGAAAGCACAACGAGGCCACCAGCACACACACAUGAGCUGGCCAAUAUGUGGAGGGAAAAACCUGGCACCUCCACCCAAACAGCAAGAGCUGCUAUUGACAGGGCACGAAGACGGCACGGUGCGUUUCUGGGACGCGUCAGGUGUGGCCCUCACUCCUCUGUACAAACUCAGCACAGCCAACGUCUUCCACACCGACUGUGACCCCUGCGACGACCCCCACGACCCAAACGACCCCGACCUGCAGCAGGAGGAGGAGGAGUGGCCUCCGUUCAGGAAGGUGGGCUGUUUUGACCCGUACAGUGACGACCCUCGGCUCGGCAUCCAGAAGAUGAGUCUGUGUAAAUACAGCAACAAGCUGAUGGUGGCUGGAACCGCCGGACAGGUGAUUGUUUUGGGUUUUAACGAUGAGCGUUCAGACCAUUCGGUGGACGUGUCUGUGGUCGACCUCCUGCAGGACAGGGAGGGUUUCACCUGGAAGGGUCACGACCGUCUGGAGCCGCGUCUCAAACCCGCCCCGUUCCCCCCGGGCUUCCAACCUCUGGUGCUGGUGCAGUGUCUGCCCCCGGCGUCGGUCACGGCAGUGGCGCUGCACACAGAGUGGAACCUGAUCGCCUUCGGAACGAGUCACGGAUUCGGCCUUUUCGACUACCACAGACGAAAUUCUGUGCUGGCCAGGUGCACGCUGCACCCAAAUGACUCCCUGGCCAUGGAGGGGCCCCUCUCGAGGGUCAAGUCUUUGAAAAAAUCUCUUAGACAAAGUUUCAGACGCAUCCGCAAAAGCAGGGUGUCGGGAAAGAAGCGCGUCAUCACCACACCUAUCAGCAAGGUUCACGAGGCCAAUGCUGCUCUAGCGGAGCAGGAGGAAGUUGCUCCGGUGCAGCGAAGGAUCGAGCCCCGCUCAGCAGACGACUCUCUGUCCGGAGUGGUCAGAUGUCUCUGCUUCGCAGACACAUUUCUACGGGACGGUACUCAUCACGGACCUACGCUCUGGGCUGGCACCAACUCGGGCAGCGUGUACGCCUACGCCCUAGAGGUGCCCGGCGUCUGUUCGGGUCGUGCGUGUGAACGGGGCGGAGCCAGCGAGAGCAGCUCGUGUGUGGAGGCGGUGUUGGGGAAAGAGAUCCAGCUGAUGCACAGGGCUCCUGUAGUUUCCAUAUGCGUUUUAGACGGGCGGGGAAAGCCCUUACCGGACCCGUAUGAAGCCUCGCAGGACCUCUCCAUCGCACCAGAUGUGACUAACGCUCACUCUGUCCUCAUCGCCUCAGAGGAGCAGCUCAAGGUCUUCUCUCUCCCCAAAGUCAGUGCCAAGACUAAGUUCAAGCUGACGGCCCACGAAGGCUGUCGGGUGAGGAAGGUCGCCCUUGUACUCUUCAGCUCGGCAGCUCAGGAGGACUACAGUGAACACACACUGGUCUGCCUCACCAACCUGGGAGACAUGCACCUCUUUAACAUACCUGGCCUCCGACCUCAGGUUCGAUAUGACUGCAUCCGUAAAGAGGACAUUAGUGGCAUCGCAUCCUGCCUCUUCACCAAGAAUGGACAGGGGUUUUAUCUGAUCUCUCCUUCAGAGUACGAGAGGUUCUCCCUGUCCGCCAAAGUUCUGACAGAACCGCUGUGUUCUGUUCAACUGGACCGACCUCUGGAGUUCACUACAGCCAGCGAUGGUACUACAAUGCAGCUGCAGCCCAACGGAACCCACAAGAACCAGCUGGGUCAGGCUGAAGGACACACGCCGGAGCCUCCCAGCUCCCUGUCUUCGCCCAUCCUGGACACCCCACUGGACUCCCCCCUCAGCUGCGCCGACCUCACCCUGGACUCGGCUGGAGAGCUCACCGUGGAGGACGUCAGGGAUUUCCUUACGACUGUGGACGAAGUGGAAAAUAAUCUGAAGAACAUAAAAGAAGAAGAGGGACGCUCCACCGACAUCCUCAUCAACUGAACAAUGUUCCACGGAGGGCUUUGAGUAGUUUUAAUGGACCCAAUUUCCACGUUGGACUACAAUCACCCCAACAUCAACCCAGUGUGGUCUCUCCUGUUAGCCCGGCUCGAGCUGGGCGGGAGGUCCCGGUUGGACUCUUCUCCUGUAACCACUUUCUGAUGGCACCUCCCACUCAGAGACUCACUCUGCCCCGGUCUGGACCGCCUCGGAGCUCAUGGUUCUGGCGUCCACCUUCACGCUGUUUCAGCCCAGGACCUGUGACUCGACCUUCGGCAGGAUUAUUGUUUUUGUUUAUUGGUCCUUCACAUCGUUGCACACGAGGCUUCUGCACAGCUGGAGCUGCACCUGGCCCUCGGUUUAAAAGCCUCUUUUUGAUUAACGGACCUGACGGUGCCCCAAUAACGACUUUAUUCCUUCAAACUGAGUGGAAGGAUUGUAGCUUUGAGAAAAGCGAGACUAGUAAAUGAAGGAUUUGACUAUUUUUGGACAUUGUAGCAUCUCCACUCUUCAUUUAGGCACCAACGAGGAGUAGAAGUAUCGGAAUAUGUCGAAGGAACGAACUGGAACAAUGAAGGAGGUUCGUGUUGAGACUGAAUGUCUUCGUGUUGCUAUGUGAGAAAGUAAAUCUAUUUUAAUGGCAAAUGGUCGGGAAGGGGGAGGAGUAAAACUCACGGACUUUGAAGAGAAGCAGCUGAAGGAGGGAUGCUGACCUUUGAUCUUGUGCCAUGUGACAGGAAGUCAUCGAGACCAGAAAUGACGGUAUUACUGAACGACUGCGGAGUGAGACGUAGGAGGUAAAACGGUUCUCGUAGAUCCAAUUUCAAAAUAAAGUGUCCGGUUUCACUUUCUGCUCACGUUUGGGUAAAAUAAAAAACAAUUCAGCAGCUUCUAUAUAAUGGUGGAUUCAGUUGAUGGGAAUCUUUAGACAGGACUCAGGGAAGUGUUGCAAAGUCAUUCUGAAAGUGUUGCAUUCUGGGUAAUGUUGCCAACAAGUCUAGCUUUGAUCAGCAGUAUUUUAAACAUUUUAACUCGAUGGUAUGUUCGCAGCUGUAAACCAGCGUCAAAGUGCCAGAACCUAAAACGUAGAGACUAACUGAUGUAGAUCAGCAGGUAGGAAUCAUCUGGAAGUAUUUUUGAUGUUCUGGAUGAACAAAAUUAACCAUUUCAAGUGACAUCUGUUAUAAAUUAACUUUUAACCCCACAGUUGAGUUUCCAGUGUCU